GCAACCUUAUGUUGAUCUUCACUAUAAGUCGAUGUUGAAUUUAUUGGAGUAUUGAUUAUUACGCUUCGACUGCAGCCGGAUUUCCGGUCGGACCGGCACGGCUGGUUCCGCCAAUCAAGCGGCAGCGGCUCAUGAGCACUGCCCGGAAUGGAAAGAACAAUCAAUCGCAGAAGUCCACGACAGUCCCACCGCCCCUCGAUCAACUCAAAGUGUACAGUAACCAAGACAUACUGAUUUGCGGCAAUUGCAGGGAACUCUUCUCGGAGCUGCAAGAUCUUCUAGAGCACAAAAAAACCUACUGCAAAUUGCGCUUCACCUGCAAAUGCGACACAAAUAAAUCGAAAUCCCAGCUGGACGAUCAAACUACAGCCUCCCUGCUAUGCGUCCAAUGUAAAGAUGGGUUUCAGAAUGCCUGGGAUCUGAUGGUUCACGCACAAGCUGCCCAUAUGCUGAACAUAUACGAACUAGGAGUACCCAACAAUGGCAGAUGUGCCUCACCUUCGUCGCCAAGGGACAACAACUCACCAGACAAAGAUAACCAGAAACAUACCUCUAUGGACACCGAAGAGGAAAAUGGAGAUGUUGAUCAUGACUUUAUGGAAAAUGGUAGAGAUGGCCUCACAGGAACACCUGAUUCAGCAACGUCACGUAAUGACAAGGAGCUGGAAGAGUUGAUGGCCUCUGCAGCACGAGUCAUGGAGGGGGGCGGCCGUGGCGGUGCUAACGGCAGUAUCAUGCACGCGCUAAGCAUCGUCAGUACAGCUACGCCCGCAGCGCAGCCAGGCGCGUCCCCGCCUCCGUUGGCCGCAGCUACGGCUCCAAUGGUCGUAGCGCAAGUAGCGUCCACUAGCACUACAGCAGUGGCGGCGGAACUUGUGGCGCCUAAGACGUAUUAGAGAUGAAUUGUAGUGUUUUAGUGAUCUGGGAAGAGUUGCAGCAGAGCUUAGGUUGGUGAUCAUGCAGGUCCUGAUUCGAUUGAAUAGAGUGAAACAAUAAUGAGACACGUGAACAUCUUUAUUUGGCUUCUAGAAGUUUCCUCAAUUUGAAUAGUCCCUGACCUGUUCCAGAAGUACUCUGAAGAGUCGCUUUUCCUUGUUAUGUUCAAGGUAAAUCAUAAACAUCAAGGUCAUAUCUCGAGGUGUCCAUUCAGCAAAUAUUCGGUUUCCCAAGCCAUCGACACCUUCUGUUUAAACAAUUUUAACCAACAUGUGAGUGAAGGGAGCUUACCUAUAAUAAAACCAUUGACCGUACGUAUUUGGUUUCCAGAAGUUCAUAUAGUCUCUGUAUUUCUCGAGGUGCUCAUCCUGCAAACAUCCCUUCUCUAAGCUUCGACAUAUUUUGUUGUAAUAGUAUAAAUCGUCAAUGUGGUAUCCACUGUUUAGAGUCGAAUAGAGCGAUAUUUCGAAAAUCAGUGAGCGACAAAGUAUUCCCAGAACAGUAUGAGACAAAACCCCACUAACCUUUGCAUCGUAUUCUGUAAACACUUUGUACGAGUAGAACCUGAGAUAAAUCCAGAGCUUUACAGUUUGUGAUCUAUCUAAAAAAUACCUGCACGAUCAUCUGCCAAGCUUGUAACUCAUUUACCUGGAGCACUGCUUUAAAAUCGGGUCCACGAUGAAGUGGUAACAAAAUUGGAGUACUAACUGUGUUACUGUGUAAUCUGAUUGAAGCCCAACAUAUUUGGGUCUCGCCCAUAUCAGACUAUUUAACUGUUGGAUCCAAUUCUAAAGCAAACUCUAUAGCUAUUGUGAGUACAUAUUCUUGAGGUACACAGCUGUAGCGUGAAACCGUAUGGGCCAUUUUGCGUACAAAUGAUAGUGGUAUUGAAACAUAUGUAAUUUUGUCAAAAUUUAUAGGCAUAUCUUUUAUCUAACCUUUGUAAAAAAACUGAUUUGGUUUUGAUUUCACGCCUGUCGUUGUGUACCUUGACAGUCUAUUUAACAAGUACUAUUAUUUAGGCUUCGUGUUUAUUAUUUUUCGUUAUUUAAAAGAUAAGGUAAUUGACAAACGUAGCAUAUCGUCCAGAGAAAUCAUAAGAAUCAUAUUUUUACAUUUAUGCUUCUAUUGUCAUAUUAUAUCCUAGCAGCUCUCUCCAAAAAUAUGAACAGGUAAAGUCAGUUUCCCAUAUACCAGCAAAUUCUAUGAACAAUUUUGACUCUUGAAGAAAAGCACUAACUUGCAAAUACUUGUUUGGAGAGAGGUAACAUUUUUGGAAUUGCUUUAAUGGAAUAACUCUAGUGUCUAACCAUGUAUUUUUUUUUUAAAUGUUCGAUGACAGAUCAUCCUCGUUAGUCUGUCAGGUAACAUAAUAAUUUUUUCCGCUUCCGCACCAUGUGUUGAACUGUAUAAGAAAUCAUCAUAUUUUACUAUUGUGCAAGACCCAUGCCGAUAAAAGUGAGACAACCCUCGUACCCAGAAAUACUUCCUGGAGGUCUGUGAUGCGCUGAAUCUGAAUCCGGCUUUAGUUUCCAAGAUAUCCUAAUCUAAUCAUGCGAAUGCGAUUUUUGCCUAUAUUUGAGGUUAAAUAGCAUUGCGAAUUUUUUCAAAAAAAUCACAGAUAUCAUCUAAAGUACAACCCUUUCGAAUGUCGUUGAGUUUCCUUAAAUAUUUUUUAUUUUGCUCAGAUAUUGCAUUUUGCAAUUUUAAUUUGACUGAAUUUCACUAUACACGUUACGAUUCUGUGUGCUAAGUUGUGAGCAAAAGACAGAAAUCGCUAUGUUUGCACCUUUGGGCUAGAAUAUCUAUCUAAUUGGAGCCAACUGACAUAUUUGGAGCAUCGUUUCUGAGGAGAGCAUCAAAAACCUUCUCGAAAGUACAAGGUGGCCGAUAUGUAACUGACUGGUUUGUAUCUUACCCUUACACCCUGUAAAAUCGGGUUACUGGAUCGUCUCAAUUUAUUCGACCUGUGUAAUUUUCAGUGCUUUUUCAGCAAUUUCGUAGCGUCUUAAACACUAGGAUUUGUCACACCUUAUACUAAAUGGAGAUAUGUAUUUUCAGCACGAUGUGAAAAAUGCUACAGUGUAUAUACCAGUUUGUAUGUAAAGAAAAAAAGUGACAUAUCAUUUUACCCUAAAAAGUUAGCAUAUCGGAACAAUGUACAUUUUUGAAAAGAAACUAUAGAAAUGAUUGUCAAAAGUAUUGAAUAUAAGAUACAUAUGCGCUAGAGCUAGAAACUAAUCUUAGUGUUAUGUUAAUUAAUUUGAAAUUUGAAGGAGCAAUGCUUGCUUGCGAUUGUUAGGUCUUGUUUUUGUACAUACAUAAAUAUACAUAUCGUGUUUUCAUUAUGUGCUUCAAAGGUGACCUAUGCCACAGAAACCAACUGAUGCUUCAUUUACAAAAGGCAGUUCAUUAUUGUAUUGUGAUUCACAACGCUUCAAACAAUUAUUUUAAUCAUUGAUGUGUAAUUUGCUGCCAUUGGGUUAGCGAUUGCAACAUUUUCUGCAACACGGCUGAUACAGGGGACUAUGGUACAGUACCAUGUUCAACUUCUUUGCGUCAGAACCUAUACGGUACUGAUGAUAUCCAAUAACAAUGAAACAGCGCUGUAUAUGGUUGAUUGGACGGAGAAAAGCAUCAAUAUUAAAAUGUAUCAAACAAAAGGUCACAUUAAAAUUUUAUAUCUAUUUAUGGUGAUACCCUAAACAUCGACUUCCCCUUUCUUUCCGGGCCGUCACCCUUAUACAUUUUAAAGCAGACCGAAAUAUGUUACCCUGACAAGUGGCCUCUGCAUCGAGCCAGAAGGAUGAUCACUUAGCUUCUGACGUUGAUAUUUGAAGAUGCGAAUAAACAUGGUUAAAGUUGUAUAGUAUGUUGCCUCAAGUACUAUACAAGUUACAGUAAUCGAUUAUAAAAAAUCUGAGAUAAUUUUAGGUUUGUUCCAAUAGUCACUUUCGAACUAGUGCAGGACGAAUUGCGUUGCACCAGAGAACUGAAUGGCUUGUUGUCGCAAGUAUAGAAUUCAUUGAAGUAAAAGAUAAAAGUAUCCAGUUCCCGUAUGCUAGACAUGAAAUUUUAGAGGAUUUACUGUUUUUCGAAGGACUGUAUUUUUUUACUUUGAAAACGAGAUGGCCGAUUUGACAAGAGAUGAAUAAUGCGGAAUGUUCUAAGCGAAUAGUAGGAAGCUUAGCCUUCUUCGAGCAUUUUGGCUUUAGAAAAGCCAGUAGCACAGGAAUGUUAAGAACGCUGAGCUGUUGGUUAACUUGAAAUGAUAUAUAAGAUUAAAAUUACGAAUUUAUUAAAAUCAUCCACACUUGACAAUGUAACUUUCAUUUUUGAUAUUCUUGGAACUCCCACUUCUCUUACAUUUAUUUCAAAGUAAUCGUAAUCGUCUCGUGACAUAAACAUCAGUAGUUAAGAUUUAGGUUUGAUAUAUUAAAAAAAAUCAAGAGUUAGAAAAGCACAUGACAGCAAUAAAAUCCAGCUACCCAGCUAUGAACGCCAUUCGUUCUGUAAACGCGCAUACAUUAUCAAAUUAAGACUUUUAGUUCUCUCUCAGAACCAGAACUGUUGGAAGCAGUUCGAACCAGUUCGGAAUUUGUUGGAACAAAGAACUGCCUGUUACGGGUGAGUUCCAUUUUCUGUUCGAUUUCGAUCUGCGCAUGCUGUGUUCGGUUCAGAACUGUUCCGAUGGUUUGCUGGAACAAAGCUUGUGAAGUUUUGGGAGUAUAGUGGAACAUCUCGAAAAUGGUGGCACUUUCGGUUGUACCGGAAAUAGAUUCCGACUAGCUUCUUUUGAAUGAAAGACCUUGUAUAUUAUUAAAAAAUCAGUGGAAUAAGGUGAGUGAACAAUGGACGGCCAUGCUCCUCGUCGACGACGAAAGGAUUAUAAUACGAGUUUGCAACAAAACGUAGGUUUUCAGGUAAAUAAUAAUGAUAAUAAUAAUAUUUAUUUACUCUAAAAUACAGGGAACAUGAAACGAGUAAAUCAAUAUAAUACUCGUAUAUCCAUAGGGGGACAACGCCUGUGCGUGGAUCAUAUGUAUGUUGAAUUGCAAAAGAUAAAAGAAGAGUAGAGAAAAAAAUUAUUGGUAAGAAUGAUAGAGCAUUUAUUAUGUAAUAUUAGAUAUUAGUAUAUUAAUGUGAUUUCUCCAAAUCGUGUUAAUAUAUAUUUUUUAUUUUUUUCAAACCUAAUGUAUUGCGUAAUGGUUUUAAAUUAUCUGGUAAAUGUUCGUACAAUUUUGUAACUAAAUACAGGUGACAUCGUUUCAUUAAAGAUUUAUUUGGUUUAGGAACAUUUUUUGCGCGUAAUUUGUAUCUGGUGUUAUGACUAGUUAUGUCGCGUUCACUAAUAAUUUUGUCAUAAUGAGUGACGGUAUGUAAGAAGUAAAGUUGUUGAGUAUUAUGUACUUGUGCAUCGUUAUACAAGUCAUCAGUUGGGCAUACUUUUGAUUUGCCAAACAUUGAUUUUAAAAUUGUUCUUUGUACCACAUCUAAAUGGUUAAGGUAUGUUGUGCAUGCAGCAGCCCAUAUUACUAUACCAUAUGUUAUGUGCGGCUCGACUACAGCUUGAUAUAUUAUUCGCUUCUAUUUUUUUUCUCUCUGAAUUGACAUACGGGAUGUUUCCUGAUUGAACGUCAGAAGGAGGCAAUCUUUGAGCCUUCUUAUGAAGAUGUGUCCUAAACGGCUUAGCCUCUCAGAUACGGCUUCCCAAAGUUUUUAAUAUAGACAGUCAAUGGCAAUUAAAAAAAAUAAUAUCCAUUAAUUCAUGAGUAGAUUUGAUCUCCUGAAUGUGUUUAGUACGACGCGCGGUUUUUACCUAAAAUAAGAUAUCUCUCUGCAUUAUGAUGUCAUAUUAAGUAUGCUUUUAUGAUCGUGCAGAGAAACGAUUUUACGAAAACCGUGUAUCGGAUUCAAAGAAAUCAGGUGUUCAAAUCGGCAAUAAAAUGAUUGGGGACUUCAAGAAGAAUUUUAAAUCUGAACGAAAUCAGUGGCGUACCAUCAGUGUCUGUCAAAAUAGGCAAGUAAAAUUCCGUACGAAGUCCUAUGGUAGAAAUUAAAAAAGCGUAUCUUAACACAUGCAUGCUAAAUUCAUCAAAUUAUCUAAUGUCGUAUUAAUAGAUAUUUAUAUUAAAUUAUUUAUCAUUGAAUGUUUCACCAUCUUGUAUCUUAAAGGCUAAGACAUUUAGGACAUACGUUCAUAUCAAGUUUUCUUCUUAAAAUGGACCCAAAAAUAUCUCCCUUACGUAUUGGCGCUCAGUUUGGAACAUCCAGUAUAAAUAUUUGCUGUGGUAAAAAAAUAUUUUAUUUCCAUCUUAUUCAAAAUAUCGGUAGUUUUCCUGAGCCAAUGGUUACUCGUAAAGCCAAAAAAAUUGCCAGCCUUAUUCUAAACAAAAAUAUCAAUACUUAGUUUUUAGUUAUACGGAAAAGUCGAGUACAUUAUACCGGUUUUUUAUUUGUACCACCUUAAUAUUCACUAAUUUUUUUACCCAUAUGAAGGUUGGUCAACCUGAUAUUUUUUUUUAUUUCACGAUAAAGCUCAUAGGUAACAUGUUAAUCAUAAUGUUAGUUUUCAAUUAAACGAUUGAUGUAUUAUAUGGGUAUCGUGUGGAGCGUUGUCCUUUGCAAGUUCAUUAAGUACUGAUGAAAUCUGCAAUAAAAUGUGUUUCAGGAAUUACAUGAUAAAGCAAAAUAUUUUUGAAUAAUUCACUUCUCCAUUUAUUCCUUAAAGGAAGGAGUAUGUUUGUUAUAGGGACCUUCCAUGAUCCACCGGCCUUACAUGGUACUAUAUUUAAAAUAAGCAAGUUGAUAUCUACUCCUGGUACAGUUUUAAGUGAAAUGUUUCGACCGAACUGAUCAAUCAUAACGCCAAAUUCUAAUAAUCGUUUCCCGUCAACCGUAAGUAAUCGCUGCAGUUCCACGAAGCUGCAUGGACACCCUUCGUAUAGAAACAAGCGUCCUUAACUUGUCAUAUGAAUCAAUACACAUUUCGCGUUCGAUCUGAAUUAGUACACUCGCAGCUUAUGCGUCAGCCAAAUGUGAUUUCGAAUUCGUAUAUAACUAAUUUAUUAUACUGCCAGUUCCUCAGUGUCAUGAAUCCUGAACUAUUUAUCAACGCGCAACGCUAUCCAAAUGGUAUUUAAUAUUAUAUUAUGUUGACUUGCUGGAUGUGAAAAUUAAAAUUAAAUUAUUUGAAAAUCAUCGAUUAUCCAUAAGGGUAGCAUUUGUGAUUCAUGCAACAAAGAAUUUAUUGUCAUGUCAUCAGUUUGUCUAUUCAGGGUGGUCUAUCGUUCAUCGUUCAAGCGCCAAACAGCAAGUAAACUCGUCAGAAGUAUGACGUUGAGAUGCAAGAUUCUGAAAUUUAAUUAUUUCUCUAUAUGUCAUAAUAAUAUCCAUAUGAAUUUUGGAAAUCAAAAUUUCUCGAGGAUGGUAUAUACGGUUAAAUUCUGCUUUUCAAUAAGGUAAGCAAAAAGCGCAAGUAACAAUCCUACAAACUUUCUAUUCCAUGCCACAACCCUCUUGACAAUACUGUUCUAUGUAGAAUGUCUUAUAGAAAUUAUGGUAGAGAUUAUUUUUAAGAGAAAUAGCUAUUAUCCAGUUGUAUUAAACAGCCGGGCCUCGAGAAACUUGAAUUCCAAUAUUCAACCUCACCAUCGAAUAGCUCGUUUUAAGAUCUUUAAAAGUGGGAUACGUUCUAGACGAAAAAUGCAUUGCAGAGUAUGCCAAAGCUCCUGGUAUGGUGAGCACUCCCCUGAGUAACGAGACUAAUGUGUGGUGGGCUAGACAUUUUGAGCUAGCCAUUCGAUUGUGCAAUAUAAUUUUGAAAUGAAAAUACAUAUUUUGAAAAUGAACAAAAUGAAAGCAUUGCAUUUUUGAAUGCAGAGAACGAGAUUGUAUGCUAUUACCAGCGCCAUCUGGAUACUGUACUCAAAAAUAAGAUACAUUUGAUAACAUUAAUAACAAAAAAUGGUAUCCACGUUAGCGGGGCGUUUUGAUCCAAUACCUUCAUUCUUACGAGCCUAGUCCAUGAUUUAGUUUUGACCCAGUUACAACAGACCACCCUCUAUACCGGCUUGCUGAAGUGUACAAUUUUAUAGAUUCUGGCGUCAACGCUAUUGUUAAUAACAUGUUCGUUCGGUCACUCAAUUUCAUUAUUGUAAAUUGUACAAGUAUAAAACGACAAAUGACCAAUGUCCCUUAUAUGCUAUACAAUACAAUCAAUGGGAAAAUACUGUAUAAAAUUUGCCUUGUAAACAAAAUGUUAUAGAGCUUUAAUUUCAAAUACUGUUGCUGGUAAUGUUAUUUAUCUAUAGGUAAGAUUUCUCCUAUCAUGUACUAGUCAUUGGUAUUAUAUGUCCUCCA